AUGUAUGGGGAGGACGGGGUGACAUGCCACACGAGGGGGUGCUCCCCGGAUGAGGCCUGCCACCCAGCCUCCUGGUACCACGUGUGUCAGCCCAUCAGCCGAGCAGCCUGCCAGGCAUGGGGAGGGCGGCACUACAGCACCUUCGACGGGCGACUCUACCACUUCCAGGGGGCCUGCACCCACAUGCUCUCACAGCUGUGUGCCCCCGCGCUUCCCUCUGGCCUAGCACCAUUCCGGGUGGAGGCAGAGCGUGAGGAGCCAGGAGCGGCACAGGGGGCACCCUGGACCCGCCUUGUCCGGGUGACAGUCUAUGGGCAGGACAUCGCCAUGGCCAGGGGAGCCACUGGACACAUCACGGUGAAUGGGAUAAAGUCUCUCCUUCCCGUCACUCUUCUCAAUGGGAAGAUCCAAGCGCACCAGAAAGGCUUCUCUGUGCAAGUUGCUACUGAUUUUGGGGUGGAGAUUUCCUAUGAUGGGACUCAACACGUGGAGGUCACCGUGCCCUCGACUUACCGUAACUUCACCUGCGGCCUGUGCGGGACACUGACUGGUGACCCCUCCGAUGACUUCCAGACUCCAGAUGGCACCUUAGUCACGUCAGCUGCUCUCUUUGCCACAAGCUGGCAGGUGAAGGGUGAGAGGCACCAGUGUGCGGAGGACCGGGAGCUGCCUUCUUGUCCCACUGCUGAACAGGCUCAGUAUUCUGGCCACGACUACUGCGGCAUUAUGAAAAUGUCUCCAGGCCCCUUUGCAGCCUGCGCUCAGGCCCGAUCCCAGGCAGGCUUGGUGGAAAACUGUAUGUAUGACCUCUGCAUGUCCAGGGGGAAUCGGACUGUGCUGUGUGGGGUUCUUGGUGCUUACACCGAGAGCUGCCAGGCAGCCAACAUCACUGUUGGGCAGUGGAGAACAGACCAGUUUUGUGGAAUCACUUGUCCAGAGAACAGCCAUUAUGAACUCUGUGCCAGUGCCUGUCCUGCCAGCUGCAUGGACUCCACUGCCCCCCUGUACUGCACCCAGCCUUGCAGAGAGGGCUGUGUUUGCAACACAGGCUACAUUCUCAGCGGAGCAGUGUGUGUGUCCCUGAGACAGUGCGGCUGCACGUUGAACGGUCAGUAUCACCAGCUGGGAGAGGAGGUGAUCCUGACAGACACUUGCAGUAGGAAAUGCAGCUGCCGGCAGCCUGCCCAGCCCAUGCAGUGCCAGGAUCAUGCCUGUGGGGCUCUGGAGACAUGCAGUGUUGUGGAUGGCAUCCGAGGCUGUUACCCUGUGAAAUAUGGCACCUGCUGGGUGUUUGGUCAUCCCCACUACACCACGUUCGAUGGAGUCAUGUUUGAUUAUCAAGGAGCCUGCAAAUACACCCUGAGCAAAUACUGUGGCCCCCCUGGGAAACUCCCUGACUUCACCAUCAAAGUAGAGAAUGUGCACAGGGGCUCCAUUGUAGUAUCCUGGACGCACCUGGUAGAGCUCGAUGUCUACGGUGAGCGUAUUGCCAUAGCAGCAGGACAGUAUGGCCAGGUGCAGGUGAAUGGAUCCCUGGUCAAUCUUCCCCUGGUCCUUGCAUCAGGUAAACUCUAUGCCUAUUUCAGCGGCUCAUCUGCUGUGGUUCAGACGGAUUUUGGCCUUUCUGUAUCCUAUGACUGGUCCUACUAUGUGUUGGUUUCUGUUUCUGAGGCCUAUUCUGGGUUCCUCUGUGGACUCGGUGGAGACUUCAAUGGGAACCGGAGCGAUGAUUUUCGAACCCCAAACGGUUCUGUGGUCCAUGAUGCCGUCACCUUUGGCAAUAGCUGGAAGGAUGCCGAUUCCCCUUUUCACUGCACGGCCGUUGGGCUCCCAGCCCAAUGUGACAAAGUAGAACUAGCCCAGUACAAAUCUCAGCGUUACUGCGGGGUCAUCACGGAUCCUCCUGGGCCUUUUAAAGAGUGUAACCAGCCGGCUGAUGCUCAGGUUCACUUCGAGAGCUGCGUGCGGGAUGUGUGCGCGACUCGGGGCAGCCACAAGACCCUGUGUGAAGUGCUUCGCAGUUAUGCCCAGCAGUGUCAAAGUCGCGGCGUUGCCAUUGAGCCGUGGAGACAGCGGGCUGGGUGUGAGCUAAUUUGCCCCACCAACAGCCACUACGAGCUCUGUGGACCUUCCUGCCCGGCCUCUUGUGCCCACCCAGCUGUGCCCUCCCGCUGCCGGACUGCGUGUGCAGAAGGGUGCCAGUGUGACCCUGGCUUUGUGCUGAGUGGCACUGACUGUGUGCCUCGGGGGCAGUGCGGCUGCACCCACAAUGGCAGAUACCACCUGGCAGGGGAAAGCUUCUGGGAAGGAGAAAAUUGCCAGCGAUUGUGCAGAUGUGAGGGCUCCUCCCACUCUGUCCAGUGCUCCCGCUCUGCCUGUGCCCCUGGGGAAUUCUGUGGCACUCGAAAGGGGGCUUAUGGGUGCCACAAGCGAACCAACGGCAUCUGCUGGGCUUCUGGGCUGCCGCAUUACACGACGUUUGAUGGGAAGCGAUACAAUUCCCAGGGCACCUGCAAAUAUGUCUUUGCUGAACUGUGUGGGGCAUCACAGUCCUUACCCUUCUUCAGAGUGGAAGUGAAGAACGGAAACCUGCCCCAUGUUCCUGUGGCUGUGACCUCGGAGGUGUUUGUCCUUGUGAACAGGACUGAGAUCCAUCUGCAGAGAGGGCACCACGGGACAGUCAAGAUUGAUGGGGUGACUCUGACUCUCCCGGUGCAUCUCCAGAGAAGAGGGAUCGUCGUUUAUCAGGAUGGGUUUCAUACCAUUGUAGAAGCCGACUCUGGUCUGAGUGUGAGCUACGACCUGGCCCACAGCCUGUUUCUCAGCCUCCCCCCUGAGUACCGAGGCCAGACCUGUGGGUUGUGUGUGAACCUCAAUGGAGCGGCUGAGGAUGAUUUUGUGAUGCAGAACGUCUCCCAGGGGAAGGACGCCUUCCACUUGGCUUUGGCCGGGAAGUCGGAGGAUGUCACUGGCUGUGACGACGGCUGCCCUGAUUCCUGCCCUUUGUGUGAAGAUGAGGAAAGUCUGGUGCAGUCCAAGUCCCGGUGCUGGGUGAUCCAGGACCCUGAUGGGCCAUUCUCCUCUUGCCACUCCCAGAUUGACCCAGGCCACUAUCUGUCUGAUUGCAUCUUUGACCUGUGUGUGUCAGGAGGGGAGAGCAGUGCCCUGUGCGAGUCCAUUCAGACAUAUGCAGCUGCCUGCCAGAGAGCGAAUGUCUCCAUCUCACCUUGGAGGAACGAGUCUUUCUGUGACCCUCGCUGCCCAGCAAACAGUCACUACAAGCUUUGUGAGCAUCCCUGUCGGGACCUGUGUGCAGGCUCCUUUCCUGAAAAUCACUGCAGCUCCCUGUGUUCUGAAGGGUGUUUCUGUAAUGACGGGUACCUGCGGAGUGGGGAUCAGUGCGUCCUGCCAGGGCAUUGUGGCUGUGAGCAUGACGGGCGCUACUAUGGGGUUGGGGACUUUCUCUGGCUCGCUGAUUGCACCCAAAGGUGCAGCUGUGACGCCUCUGCUACUUUCCGGUGCAUCCCCGCCAGCUGUAACCCCGGCCAGCAGUGUGCGGUGAAGGACGGGAGGCUGGGCUGCCAGAGCCAGCUGAGCACCUGCACGGUGACAGGGGACCCUCACUACUUCACCUUCGACGGGGCCGUGGCCCAUUUCCAGGGCACGUGCGCCUACGAGAUCUCACACACCUGCAACUCCUCCCUCGACUUCUCCUUCCGGGUGGUGGCCGCAAACAGGAAUUUCCGGAAUCCCCGGGUCUCCUUCAUUUACCGAGUGGAACUUUGGCUCAGAACUGGCCGUUUCCAUUCCCAUGUCGUUCUGGAGCGAGGCAAAGACGUUCUGGUUGAUAGUGUGAAGACUCCUUUACCAGCCCAGCUGGGACCCGUGGCCAACAUCACAAGGGUGAAGAACAUGGUGACUCUAAAAGCAAAGGCCAACGUGGAGAUCCACUUUAACGGCCGCCAUGCCUUGUUUGUCCGUGUGGGCCCGGAGUAUCGGGAGCAGCUGUGCGGGAUGUGUGGGAACUUCAAUGGGGAUCGCAGGGAUGAUAAAGUCCUGCCCAGUGGGGAGAAAGCCCAGGACGAUGCAGAGUUUGGGAAUGCCUGGACCUCUGACAUCAGCCCACCAAGGUGUAAAAAUGACACUGGCAACACAGAGGCAUGUACAAAACUGAAUGAGUUCCAGCAGCUGUGUGGGAUCCUAACGAACCGCUCUGGGCCUUUUUCUGAGUGUCACUGGCACGAGAGCCCAGCCCCUUACUAUGAAUCCUGUGUCUACGAUCUCUGCCAGUAUGGCCUGGGCAAUCGCAUGCUGUGUGCAGCUGUCGAAUCCUACGAUGAGAUGUGCGCCUUUCACGGUGUCAAAGCAGCCAAGUGGAGGCAAGGGCUGGGCUGUGGUGCCACCUGCCCAGCCAACACCUAUUUUGACUUCUGUGGCCCUCCCUGCCCUGCCUCUUGCAUCAGCCUUAAUUCAUCCAGCCAGUGCCCCAAGCCCUGCGUGGCGGGAUGCUUCUGUCGGGAAGGGUAUGUUCUGGACGCGGGACGCUGUGUGCCCGUGAGCCGGUGCGGCUGCACGUUGAACGGUCAGUAUCACCAGCUGGGAGAGGAGGUGAUCCUGACAGACACCUGCCGCAGGAAAUGCAGCUGCCGGCAGCCUGCCCAGCCCAUGCAGUGCCAGGAUCAUGCCUGUGGGGCUCUGGAGAUAUGUAAAGUUGUGGAGGGCGUCCGAGGCUGCUACCCUGUAAAAUUUGGUGCCUUAUGGGUGUUUGGCCACCCCCACUAUCACAUUUUCGAUGGACUUGCUUUUGACUCUAAAGGAACCUGCAAAUACACCCUGAGCAAGUACUGUGGCCCCCCGGGGAAGCUCCCUGACUUCACUGUCAAAGUGGAAAAUGAGCACAGGGACUCCAUCGCGGCGUCCUGGACGCGCCUGGUGGAGCUGGAUGUCUACAGGGAGCAUAUUGCUGUUGCAGUGGGACAGCACGGCCAAGUGCAGGUGAAUGGAUCCCUGGUCAAUCUGCCCCUUGUCCUAGCAUCAGGUAAACUCUAUGCCUAUUACAGCGGCUCAUCUGUCAUCAUCCAGACAGAAUUUGGCCUCUCUGUAUCUUAUGACUGGUCCCACUAUGUGACGAUUACGAUACCUGAGAUUUACUCUGGGCUGGUCUGCGGGCUCGGAGGAAACUUCAAUGGGAACCAAAGUGAUGAUUUCAGGAUGCCCAAUGGAUCUGUGGCUCCGGACCUUGUCUCUUUUGUGAAUAGCUGGAAGGAUGUCGAUUCCCCUUUCCAUUGCACAGCUGUUGGUCCACAAACUGAAUGCAACAAAGGAGCUAAAAACAAGUACAGAAUUCAGAGCAACUGUGGGAGCAUAACAGACGCAGAAGGACCUUUCAAACGUUGCAGCAACCUCACUAAUGCUCCGGUGUUCCUGGAGAGCUGUGUGCAUGAUCUCUGUGCCACCAACGGCAGCCACGAAACGCUCUGCAAUACGCUCCGGAGUUAUGCUGUGCAUUGCCAAAGUCACGGCAUCACCAUACAACCAUGGAGACCGCUGGCUGGGUGUGAGGUAACCUGCCCUGCCAACAGCCACUACGCGCUCUGCGGACCUUCCUGCCCGGCCUCUUGUGCCCACCCAGCUGUGCCCUCCCGCUGCCGGACUGCGUGUGCAGAAGGGUGCCAGUGUGACCCUGGCUUUGUGCUGAGUGGCACUGACUGUGUGGCUCGGGGGCAGUGUGGCUGCACCCACAAUGGCAGAUACCACCUGGCAGGGGAAAGCUUCUGGGAAGGAGAAAAUUGCCAGCGAUUGUGCAGAUGUGACGGCUCCUUCCACUCUGUCCAGUGCUCCCGCUCUGCCUGUGCCCCUGGGGAAUUCUGUGGCACUCGAAAGGGGGUUUAUGGGUGCCACAAGCGAACCAAUGGCAUCUGCUGGGCUUCUGGGCUGCCGCAUUACACGACGUUUGAUGGGAAGCGUUACGAUUUCCAGGGCACCUGCAAAUAUGUCUUUGCUGAACUGUGUGGGGCAUCACAGUCCUUACCCUUCUUCAGAGUGGAAGUGAAGAAUGAAAACCUGCCCCAUGUUCCUGUGGCUGUGACCUCGGAGGUGUUUGUCCUUGUGAACAGGACUGAGAUCCAUCUGCAGAGAGGGCACCACGGGACAGUCAAGAUUGAUGGGGUCACUGCGACCCUCCCAGUGAGUGUCAAUGCAGGAGAAAUCGUCAUUUACCAGGCUGGGCUGUACACGGUAGUGAAAACAGAGUUUGGGCUGAGUGUGAGCUACGACCUGGCACACAGCCUCUUUGUCGGCCUCCCCCCCGAGUACCGAGGCCAGACCUGUGGGCUGUGCGGGAACUUCAAUGGGGCGGCUGAGGAUGAUUUUGUGAUGCGUAAUGGCUCCCUGGGGAAGGACGCCUUCCACUUCGCUGCAGGCUGGAAGUCGGAGGAUGUCCCUGGCUGUGACGACGGCUGCUCUGAUUCCUGCCCUGGGUGUGAAGAGGAGGAAAGUCUGGUGCAGUCCAAGUCCCGGUGCUGGGUGAUCCAGGAUCCCAAUGGGCCGUUCGCCUCUUGCCACUCCCAGAUUGACCCAGGCCCCUAUCUGUCUGAUUGCAUCUUUGACCUGUGUGUGUCAGGAGGGGAGAGCAGAGUCCUGUGCGAGUCCAUUCAGACAUACGCAGCUGCCUGCCAGAGAGCGAAUGUCUCCAUCUCACCUUGGAGGAACGAGUCUUUCUGUGCCCUUUCGUGCCCCCCGCACAGUCACUAUGAGCUCUGCGAGACUCACUACCAGGACCUGUGCGCUGGAUCCUGGCUUCAGAAGUACUGCGGGCACACAUGCUCUGAAGGGUGUUUUUGUAAUGACGGGUACCUGUGGAGCGGGGAUGAGUGUGUCUUGCCAGAGCACUGCGGCUGUGAGCACAAUGGAUGCUACUACAAGGCUGGAGACCACGUCUGGUUCUCUGGUUGUACCCAGAGAUGUAGCUGUGACUCCCGAGACCAUUUCCGUUGCUUCCGAGCUAAGUGCUACCCAGGCCAGCAGUGUGCUGUGAAGAACAGCAAGCUGGGAUGCCAGAGUCUCUUGACGACAUGUGUUGUAACAGGGGAUCCUCACUACUUUACAUUUGAUGGGGCUGUGGCACAUUUCCAAGGCAUAUGUGACUAUGAGAUCUCCCACACCUGCAACUCCUCCUUGGACUUGUCUUUCCGCGUGGUGACAGCAAACAGGCAUUUCCGGAAUCCCCGGGUGUCUUUCGUUUACCGAGUGGAAAUCUGGCUCAGCACUGGCAAUUUUAAUGCUCACAUUGUCCUAGAGAGAGGCAAAGCUGUCCAUGUUAAUGGGCUGCGGACUCGCUUGCCAGCACAUCUGGGAACGGUUGCCAAAGUCCUGAGACUGAAGAACAUGCUAACGGUGAGAGCAAAGGGCAGCCUGGAGAUCCAGUUUAAUGGUGCCAGUAGCUUGUUUGUCCGUGUGGGCCCGGAGUAUCGGAAGCAGCUAUGUGGGAUGUGUGGGAAUUUCAAUGGCAAUCCCAUGGACGACAAGGUCCUGCCCAGCGGAGAGAGAGCCAGGAACAACACAGAGUUCGGGAACGCCUGGAUUUCUGACACCAGCCCUCCCGGGUGUACGAAUGACACCGGCAACCUUGUUCCUUGUCCCAAAUUACACGUGUUCCAGCAGCUGUGUGGGAUCCUAACGAACCGCUCGGGACCUUUCUCCGAAUGUCACUGGCACGAGAGCCCAACCCCUUACUACGAGUCCUGUGUCUACGACCUUUGUCAGUAUGGCCUGGGCAAUCGCAUGCUGUGCACAGCUGUCGAAUCUUACGAUGAGAUGUGCACCAUUGUCGGCAUGAAAAUGGCAAACUGGAGACGGCGGAUGGGAUGCAGUUUCACUUGCCCGGCCAAGAAUUAUUUUGACUUCUGUGGCCCUGCCUGCCCUGCCACUUGUGCCAACCUUAGUGCACCCCUGCUCUGCAAAAAGCCCUGCGUGGCGGGAUGCUUCUGUCGGGAAGGGUAUGUUCUGGAUGCUGGACGCUGUGUGCCUGUGAGCCGGUGCGGCUGCACGUUGAAUGGUCAGUAUCACCAGCUGGGAGAGGAGGUGAUCCUGACAGACACCUGCCGCAGGAAAUGCAGCUGCCGGCAGCCUGCCCAGCCCAUGCAGUGCCAGGAUCAUGCCUGUGGGGCUCUGGAGAUAUGUAAAGUUGUGGAUGGCACCCGAGGCUGUUACCCUGUGACGUUCAGCACCUUCUGGGUGUUCGGCCACUCCCACUACACCACGUUUGACGGAGUCAUGUUUGAUUAUCAAGGAGCCUGCAAAUACACCCUGAGCAAGUACUGUGGCCCCCCGGGGAGCCUCCCCGACUUCACCAUCAAAGUGGAGAAUGAGCACAAAGGAUCCAUCGCGGUGUCCUGGACGCGCCUGGUGGAGCUAGAUGUCUAUGGGGAGCGUAUUGCUAUAGCGGCGGGACAGUAUGGUCAAGUGCAGGUGAACGGAUCCCUGGCCAAUCUGCCUCUGGUCCUUGCAUCAGGCAAACUCUACGCCUAUUUCAGCGGCUCGUCUGCUGUGCUCCAGACCGACUUUGGCCUCUCUGUGUCCUACGACUGGUCCCACUCUGUGUCGGUUUCUGUUUCUGAGAUCUACUCUGGGUCACUGUGUGGACUCGGUGGGGAUUUCAAUGGGAACCGGAGCGAUGAUUUCCGGACCCCAAACGGUUCUGUGGUUCCUGAUGCCGUCACCUUUGGCAACAGCUGGAAGGAUGCUGAUUCCCCCUUUCACUGCACGGCCGUUGGGCUCCCAGCCCAAUGUAAUAAAGUGGAACUAGCCCAGUACAGGUCUCAGAGCUACUGCGGGCUCAUCGCAGACACUGCUGGGCCUUUUAAAGAGUGUAACCAGCCGGCUGAUGCUCAGGUUCACGUCGAGAGCUGCGUGUGGGAUGUGUGCGCGACUCGGGGCACCCUGUGUCAAGUGCUUCGCAGUUAUGCCCAGCGGUGCCAAAGUCGUGGCAUUGCCAUUGAGCCGUGGAGACAGCGGGCUGGGUGUGAGUUAACCUGCCCCCACAACAGCCACUACGAGCUCUGUGGACCUUCCUGCCCGGCCUCUUGUGCCCACCCAGCUGUGCCCUCCCGCUGCCGGACUGCGUGUGCAGAAGGGUGCCAGUGUGACCCUGGCUUUGUGCUGAGUGGCACUGACUGUGUGCCUCGGGGGCAGUGCGGCUGCACCCACAAUGGCAGAUACCACCUGGCAGGGGAAAGCUUCUGGGAAGGAGAAAAUUGCCAGCGAUUGUGCAGAUGUGAGGGCUCCUCCCACUCUGUCCAGUGCUCCCGCUCUGCCUGUGCCCCUGGGGAAUUCUGUGGCACUCGAAAGGGGGCUUAUGGGUGCCACAAGCGAACCAACGGCAUCUGCUGGGCUUCUGGGCUGCCGCAUUACACGACGUUGGAUGGGAAGCGAUACAAUUCCCAGGGCACCUGCAAAUAUGUCUUUGCUGAACUGUGUGGGGCAUCACAGUCCUUACCCUUCUUCAGAGUGGAAGUGAAGAACGGAAACCUGCCCCAUGUUCCUGUGGCUGUGACCUCGGAGGUGUUUAUCCUUGUGAACAGGACGGAGAUCCAUCUGCAGAGAGGGCACCACGGGACAGUCAAGAUUGAUGGGGUGACUCUGACUCUCCCGGUGCAUCUCCAGAGAAGAGGGAUCGUCGUUUAUCAGGAUGGGUUUCAUACCGUUGUACAAGCCGACUCUGGUCUGAGUGUGAGCUACGACCUGGCCCACAGCCUCUUUCUCAGCCUCCCCCCUGAGUACCGAGGCCAGACCUGUGGGUUGUGUGUGAACCUCAAUGGAGCGGCUGAGGAUGAUUUUGUGAUGCAGAACGUCUCCCAGGGGAAGGACGCCUUCCACUUGGCUUUGGCCGGGAAGUCGGAGGAUGUCCCUGGCUGUGACGACGGCUGCCCUGAUUCCUGCCCUUUGUGUGAAGAUGAGGAAAGUCUGGUGCAGUCCAAGUCCCGGUGCUGGGUGAUCCAGGACCCUGAUGGGCCGUUCUCCUCUUGCCACUCCCAGAUUGACCCAGGCCACUAUCUGUCUGAUUGCAUCUUUGACCUGUGUGUGUCAGGAGGGGAGAGCAGUGCCCUGUGCGAGUCCAUUCAGACAUACGCAGCCGCCUGCCAGAGAGCGAAUGUCUCCAUCUCACCUUGGAGGAACGAGUCUUUCUGUGCCCCAGGAUGCCCAGCAAACAGUCACUACGAGCUCUGCGAGCCCCCCUGCCGGGACUCCUGUGCACGCAGCAUGAUCCAGGCUGAGUGCAGCCGCCUGUGUGCCGAAGGCUGUUUCUGUAACGCCGGGUACCUGCGCAGCGGGGCCAGCUGCGUUCCAGAGCAGCAGUGUGGCUGCGUGCGCAACGGGCUGCACUACCCGGCUGGGGACCGGGUCUGGCUCUCUGGUUGCCAGGAAAGGUGCAGCUGUGACUCCUCUGCUACUUUCCGGUGCGUCCCCGCCCGCUGUAACCCCGGCCAGCAGUGUGCAGUGAAGGACGGGAGGCUGGGCUGCCAGAGCCAGCUGAGCACCUGCACGGUGACAGGGGACCCUCACUACUUCACCUUCGACGGGGCCGUGGCCCAUUUCCAGGGCACGUGCGCCUACGAGAUCUCACACACCUGCAACUCCUCCCUCGACUUCUCCUUCCGGGUGGUGGCCGCAAACAGGCACCGCAGGAAUCGCCGGGUCUCUUUCGUCUCCCGGGUGGACGUCUGGCUCGAGAGAGGCGACCAGAACGCUCACGUUGUCCUAGGGGACAGCAGGGCUGCUGAGGUUAACGGGGUGAGGGUGAGCCUGCCGCACGCCCUGGGCCCUCUGGGCAGCGUGUCCAGGAUCAGAAACCUGGUGACCGUCCAGACCCCAGCCCAGGUGGAGAUCCAGUUCAACGGCCGCCACACGUUGUUCGUCCGCGUGGGCCCGGAGUACCGGGGGCAGCUGUGCGGGAUGUGUGGGAACUUCAAUGACAUCCGCGGGGACGAUAAAGUCCUGCCCAGCGGGGAGACAGCCCGGAGCGACGCAGAGUUCGGGAACGCCUGGAAGGUUGAGCCCAGCCCGGCCAGGUGUGUGGAUGACACCGACUCCCCCGAGCCCUGCAGCGACCCCCUGGAGUUUGAAGAGCUCUGCGGGACCCUGACUAGCCAAUCGGGACCCUUUGCCGAGUGCCACUGGCAUGUGGACCCUGCCCCGUUUUACUCCUCCUGCCUGUACGACAUGUGCCACUACGGGGCGGCCAAUGGGAUGCUGUGCAUGGCCAUCGCCUCCUACGAAGAGCUGUGCAGCCUUCAGGGGAUACGCGCUGGCGCCUGGAGAUCGUCUGUGCAGUGCCCUGUGCGUGACCCGUGUGUGGCUCUGGCCUGCGGGGAGGACGAGUGGUGCGGCGAGCAGGCAGGGAGAUGGGGCUGUUACUGCUACCGAGCUGCUGAGCCCAUCCAAGUGGCUGACUAUGACUAUCAGCUGGCCUGCAGUGGCGGUAACAGCUCAGUGUCCCUGUCCCGCUGUCUGCUCUUCACCGACGGCUUCCCCGCAGAGGCCUUGCACCUGGCCGACCCCAGCUGCACCGGCAGCCUCGUCAGGGGCAGACUCGUCUUCUACUUCGACAGCACACGGCAGAGCUGCGGGACCACGGUGACGGUCAACGCCACCCACGCCACUUACUCCAACCGGGUGCAGGGCCGGGUGGGCACCACCUAUGGAGGGGUCAUCAGCCGGGACAGGCUCCUCUUCUUGCACUUCUCCUGCGCCCAGCCACUGAGCUUCAACCUGUCCGUCCCACUGGCCAUCCAGCCCAUACAGGAUGUCGUUAACACAACCCUCCCCUCCGGCCAAGGGAGCUACCUGACCACCAUGGUCCUGUACCAAGACCCCCGCUACAGCAAACCCUUCACCCAGAGCCCCAUCCCGCUCACUGUCAACCACCGAGCCUACGUGGGCAUCCGGGUUUCGGGGCUGGACCCCAGCCACUUCGUGCUGACCCUGUCAUCGUGCUGGGCCACUCCGGAGCGAGACCCCUCCUCCAGCAUCCGAUGGGAUCUCAUCACCAGCCAGUGCCCCAGCCUGCGAGACAGCACGGUGAUGAUCGAGGAGGACGGCGUCUCCACCAUCAGCCGCUUCUCCUUCAACGUCUUCCGGUUCCUCCCAGACUUGGAGCUGGUGUAUCUGCACUGCCGCGUCCGGCUCUGCAGCGCCCAAGCGGCCACGUGCACCGUGGACUGCGCCAGGCCGGGCUCUGCUGUGCGGGGCAGGAAGCCUCCGUCGGGGGUCGUGUCCGCUGGCCCUUUCCUGAAGUACGACGAAGCUGCCGACCAAGGGCUGCAGCUGGCCAGCGGGAGCCCUGGCUCACCCACCUGCUCCCUGCUGCUCCUGCUGCUCAGCACCUCCUGCCUGCUCCUUGCCGGAGCCCCCUGAGCCUGGGGCAGGCCUGGGCAGGGGCUUCCUCGGGGAUCCCGCCCACCACCGGCUGCAGAACAGGCUGCUGGGCACAAGGCCGCAGCCAGCGCUGGGAGGGGGUGGGGUGGCCAGGGAGGCAAUCUGGGAAGGGGGCUGAGCUGGGGGGCUGGAGCCUGGGAUUGUGGAUUUCCCCAUCUGCUGCUCCCCUGCCCCCCAGCACCCUCAUGGGGACACAGCGAGGCCACACCCCCUAGGGGGCGGGGCAUAAACUCCUAGCAGGUGAAGGGGGAGCCUGGGAGAACCAAGGGAAUCCCAGGGCCCCCAACC